AUGACAACAAAAAAUCAACAUAUUGAUAUUCCACCUGCCGAGCUCCUUUCCGUGGAGCCUUGGCCAGAACGUGGUCCAGAUGAGGACCGUAUGUAUUGGAUGACAAAUGACUUUUAUAACUACAGUAUCGUCUUAAACGUUAACAUCGUCCUUGGUUACUACGGUGAACGACGGCCGAUCAGCAAGCAUGAACUCGUAGAUUUCAUUGCCAGGAAGACGCGUACGUUCAGACUCUAUUUGUGCGGCGGGCCGGGUGAACAGAACCCGCCAGAUUGCAACCCAGAAUUCAACGACACGUAUCUCGAUGAUAACGACGUCAUCAUUUUCCCUGACUAUCGAGGAACAGGUAGAAGUACUGAGAUCAGAAACGAGAGAGGCGCCGUGGACCCCAUGUGUGCCAAGUUCAUGAGGCUUCUCCGCCCGCAGGACCAUUCCCUUGGCACCCAGUCCCAGCUCACAGGAUUCGAGGAGACGCGGAUGACCGAUCUUCUGAGGCUAUUUCGACAAGACAACAUCGUUCGCGACCUCGAGGCGAUACGCAAAUGUCUUCUGGAUCAGUUCAUGCCUCCGAACACGUAUCAGUCGUGGUCCAGCCACGGGCAGUCGUACGGCGGCUGGAUCACCCUGUCGUAUCUGGCCCUCUACCCGGACGGGCUUUCUCAGUGCGCCAUCACGGGGGGUCUUGCUCCCAUCGUCCGCACACCGGUUGACGUAUACCGCCGCCUGUUCCAGCACGUCACCCUCAGAAACAAAAUGUAUUACAACGAGCACCCCGACGACGUCGCGCGCGUGAAGGAGAUCGUCGCCUUCCUGCUCGCGCAGCCGCCGCGCCUACCCGUCGUGCCUCCCUCCGGCGGCAUCCUGAGCGCGAGGCGCUUCCUCAGCCUGGGCCGGAUUCUGGGCAACCACUCUCGUUGGACCAGGAUGCACACUCUCAUCGUCAAGAUGAGCAGUGACAUCAAAAUAUACGGCCGCAUCAGGCCGGAUACGCUGAAACAGUAUGACGCAACUGAUACUUGGGGGUUCGAGAGGAGACCCCUCUACGCCGUCUUGCACGAGGCCAUGUACUGCCGCGUGAACGAGGCCUCGGCGUGGGCUGCGGAGCGGGCAGCGCUGGAACUGCCGGAGUACGCCUGGGCUGUGAGAGAUGCUGUCUCGGGAAGAAGCUGGAGACAGGAUCUCCUCGCCAAGUGUAAUACGGAUGGCGCGGUGCAGAUUUAUUUUGCCGGCGAGAUGGUGUUUCAAUGGAUGUUCGAGGAGUAUUGUCAUUUGAUACCUCUGAGGAACGUUGCCGAAAACCUGGCCGAGUAUAGGUGGGAAGCAAACAUGUAUCCCGAGAGUAUUCUCCAAGCCCGCAAGCCCAUCUGGGCGGUGAGUUACCGGAGCGACAUGCACGUAGACGCAGACUUCUCUUCAGAAACGGCAAAUAUGAUCGAUGGGAUUCAGCAUGCAGUGCUCAACACUAGGGACCCGAGAAACAGCAAGAAUUGUGAGUGGCAAUAUUUAGAGCACGGGUCAAUCCGGUCGGAUGCAGAAGAAAUUCUGGAUCACUUGAAAAGGUUACAAAGCCUCUGGUACACUUGCAGCUCUUGA